CUGCUGGACGCCCGCGAACCAUCACCUGCCAUUACGCUGCCUUGCAGACAGGGCAACUUCUACACACACACAAGGGCCCUUGCUGGAGCCAUCCAGAGCUUGGAUCGGGGGCCCCAGUUCCUUCCGAAGCCACACGCUUCUGCUUCCAUGUCGGAGCCUCCCGCUCGCCGGCCCCGUGAGGACGACGACAGCGAUCCGGCCGGGGCCCAGCAGGACGGCUCCAGCAAGAAGCCACGCAUCUUUGUGGCUCGCCAGGCAUGUGAGCGCUGCCGGCUGAAAAAGACCCGGUGUGACGAGGACUACCCGUGCAGUCUAUGCAAGGCUCUUGGCCUGGAGUGCAAGUAUGCCGACCGAAAGGCCACUCGCAAUGAGGCUUCCUUCAGCACCGUGCUGAGCUACCUGGCUCGCAUCGAGUCAAAGGUCGAGCAAAUAUCAGCAAAGCCGGCCCAUCCACAACCUCAUAUCGAGCCCUGGCAGAGCCCGAGUGCCGCGCCCAGUCCCGGACAUGUCGGACCCAUCACGCCUCGUGGACUCGUCACCGCAUACGGGCCUGACGAUGGCAGUCGACACCAUCAGGCGGGUUCCCACCAGAGACAUUAUCGUAACAGCCUCCCCUUGAACCCUCGACCAUCAGAGAGUCCAGCCGCCGUGGGCGCAACCCCGGACACGGUCUCGGACACAAUUUCGCAUCCUCCACAGACAACACCCAUAUCUUUCAGUGCACACAAGGUCUUACAAUGGCCAGCAGUAUCGGCGCUAAUGCCACCCGAAGUCGCAUCAAUAUGUCGUGAUCAUGGCACUGGGUAUGUAUCGAUUCUUGAGGGGAAACGUCCACCUGUGCCGCUGCCCAGCUCGCUCAGCCGCCAGAGCGUGGACUUUGGCAGCAUGUCGGCUCGGAUCGGGAACGGCGAGGAGCAACCCCUAUCUAGGCUCAGCGUGUCCAUCAUCACCACACUCUGCGACGCCUACUUCGCGACCUUCCAUCUCGCCCACCCCAUCCUAGAUCGCAGUGUGUUCUCGCACCACACCUUAUCCGUGGCCAUACAGCGCGGCUUCGACUACGAUCUAGAGAGCUGCGUGGUGCUUACAGUCAUGGCCCUGGGCUGCUGGGGCAUCCGCGCUUCACGAGAAGCCGGAUUUGCGGCGUCAACGCCGAGAACGACACACUACCUCGAUGAUCCCAGUCUCGAGCAGUACCUCGGCCAUGGAGGCAGAGACGGCAUCCCGGGACUGACAUUCUUCAAUGAGUCGAGAAAGCGGAUUGGGUUCCUCAGGAACGACAGCAGCAUGCAGGACUGUCAGUUCCACUUGCUGAAUGGGUUGUUCUACGCGCAGCUGGUCCGACCAAUGGACUGGUACUACUGUAUUGGGAGAGCUGCAGUAUGCUGUAUCACUUUCUGGGAGUGUCACUCCGCCGACUGCGACGACUGGGCACGGGACAUGCAGUCCCGCUUGUUCUGGAUCACCGUCAUGGCCGAGUCUGUCCUGGCAGACGAGCUUUCCUUGUCCACCAGUCGACUAGCGCAGCUGCAAGAGAAGGUGCCGCUGCCAAAAUUCGUCAAGCUCGAGCGCAAUCCUUUCUUGCCCGUGGUCGAACACUACCACGAUUAUAGCAUGACUUCACAAGGUGGUAGUGCUUCGGCUCAUGGCAUUAGUCGUGGCAGUGACGACGCCGAAGCAGACGAUCUGUUCUACAACUAUCACUUCCUGUCGCAGAUUGCGCAUCGAAUCCUGCUCACCAGAAUGAAGGACAGUCUCUACUACUCAUCACCUACGGGGAAUUACCCUCCAGCCACGCUCGAGGACGAGUUGAAUCACCAGCAUCAGCAAUGGCGAAGUCAACUCCCGCCUGCCUUGCGCUUCACAGAGGAGGACGCCAUCCCUCCACAGUCGGCGCCGCGGGAUAUUCUGGUUGUGGCAUGGCUUAGGUCACGAUUCGUAGUGGCAAAGAUCCAUCUCGCCCGGCCGUUCUUACACAAAGUCUUGAGCCGACCAGAUCUCCGCACUGCCGCUGAUAUCAUACGCUGCCACGAGAUCUUCAAGGACUUCCUGCAGUGGGGUUCCGUGCUGGAAGUCAUCCUGCUCAUGAAGAACUGCCUGCCCCUUAGAUUUAGCCUGGCCGCACAACUAUUCGGUCAGCUCCUCAUCCUCUACGCGUUCAAGAACAACGAGGACCCGUCCCUCGCGGACGCCCUGCCGCAGGGAUACCAGUCGUGGUGCACGUUCGUGGUCAACAUGCUCGACGAGUGCGCGCCGCUGAGCCCCGCGCUCGCGAGGGACGCGCAGAUCGCGGCCGUGCUGUACCCAAGGCUCGUGGAGGGCGGUAUGGGUGCUGUUGGCGUUGGUUCGUGACACUCUUCUCGGU